AUGUCCCUCGCCCUCUAUUUACCACAGCACGAGGGCUACCUCCCCAAGUGGCUCCUCCUCGUCUCCGUGGUAUCGACCCUCAAUACCCUCCAGGCGUACACUAACCCGACUUAUACCGGUCAACUCUACGCUGCUGGCCCUGUCACCCCUCUCUCCUCGCGCAAAUUUGGCACCUGGACGUUUUUGUCUUCCGUGAUACGCUUCUACGCGGCAUACUACAUCUCCGACCCACAUGUAUACGAUCUGGCGAUAUGGACGUACGGAAUUGCAUUGGCUCACUUUGUGAGUGAGUGGUUGGUGUUUGGAACCGCGAGAGCCAAGGGCAGAUUUGUUAGCCCGUUGGUGGUGGCGAGUGCGAGCUUCGCGUGGAUGAUCACGCAGAGGGGAUGGUAUGUGAAGUGAUAAAUUCAAACAAACAAGGCAGAGAUGAAAAACGGACAAAUAGUGGAGCGGUAAUGCUUGGACGUGGAUUUGUUCUCUGUAUUUCAGCCCUGCGCAGGUUAUACCGAUAUGCUCAAAUGGAAGAUUUAUGAAUA